CCUGUGCGUUGGUCAGCAAUUGAUUGCGACUGAGGCCUUUAUUGUGCGUCAUUCACAAAAGUGAUUUAUAUAUUGAACAAACGCGCAACCUAUUGUGUUUGAAUUCAACGCGAUCUUUUCAUACAAUUUCCGUUUUAGAAAAGUAAUUAUUAUAAAAGAGUGAUAAAACAUGUUGCAUUGGAAUGUUUCUUUGGCAGUUUGUGAGGUAAAUGUUAUUACAAAGUUAACAUUACGUGCAACGGCUUAGUAAAUAACUGUUGAGUACGAAUGGAAUAAUGUAAAAUGUAAAAUAUCAUCAGUUUUGGUGUACAAUAAACGAUGAGUUAUGAUUUUCUUAAUAACAUAUAACUGAAGCAAGGGACAAUACGUCGCAAGUUUUUAGAAGUAACCGUCAUUUGUAUAUAAUAUAAAAAUCAGGACUACUUAUUGUUAGUAGUAGCACCUUGAUGGAGAAAUACGACGGAAUGGGUGCAGUGAAAUACAUUAUGCAUUUGAUCGCCAUCUUAAAUAUUAGUCUUCGCGUAAUCAACAACGCACAGGUUCUCGCAGAGAAAUCCUUGCUCCGUUCGUGCAAAGUCACGCAGAUCACCACCAUUAGGGAGAUGUUCGGGGACACCUACAAGGAUUGUCUAGACGAGUGUCGUCGUAGACAGACCUGUACAGCCGUGAGGUACCAUAAGCAGACGAAAUAUUGCUCCUUACUGGACGGGCUAACAGAUGUUCAAUCCCUGGACACCGCCGGUCCGCUGUGCGUGUAUUCUACGGUUGGUAUUGACGACAGAUAUCAGAGCGGGUCUUGCGAGCUCAACAAAUGUGAGAAACAUGAAACCUGUGUCAAUCCAAAGUACCAGAAGUCAGAUAAGCCGUGCAUCAUUACGGAGUGUCCAGAACCUCCUGCUAUAGAGAAUGCCCUGCUUCUAUCCAAUGCUCGCCUCGUCGGUAACCGAAACCGAUAUAAAUGCAUGAGCGGCUUCAUGGGCAACGGAAGUCCGGCAAUAAAUUGUCUUACAAACGGCAGUUGGUCGUUUACAGACUUCCAGUGUCAGAAGAUGUGCCAGCCACCUAAAGCGUCAUACAGGACAGCUGAUCUGGCUAAAGAUUGGAGUCAAAACGACAGAAUGGCUUAUUUCAGAUGCAAGCCCGAUUACAGGAGCAACACAAUAACUUUCCAAUUGACGUGUAACUCGUCCGGCAGCUGGGUACAUUUGCCGUUCGGUCAUUUACCAUGCUAUGGGGAAGGACAAGAGUAUUUUGAACAGAAUACUACAAAAGUCUUGUAUCGUCCGUUUGCAACAAGAAAUAUGACUUCGGCCACAGAAGCGAAUGCAACAUGUCAACAACAGUCCGGUUCCCUCCACACAGUAUGGAUUGAUGUGGCUAAAGAAGCUGAGAAGAAGUUUUCAUUCGAUGCGAUUCUUACCGGUCUUACUAAGACCGGUAUGAAGAAUUACGACCUUCUCAAAAAUUGCUUUGAAAUAAUUCAUGGCAAUGGAAGUGAAAUAGACAGAUUUAAAUCCAUGUCCUACGACGAACAAGUGCAUGAAAUACAGCAGAAUAAGACCACAUAUGACACUGAUGGUUGUAAAACGGCAAGAUUCUGGAAAUCUGGGGAACCGAACGGAGGAGAUGCAGAGAACUGUAUUUUGCGCAUGAAGAACGUUGGGUACCAAAUGUAUGAUGUGCCGUGCAAUAGGCUGUGGCUAAACAUUACCAUUUGCUUCGUUUGCCGGUUCAAUUUAGAAUAUGUAAAAAAUGUGUAAAUCUAAAUCAAUCAAUGCCUAACUUAAAUGUUAUUUGCACCGAUAUUCAUAUUGCUUUUCCCCCGCCAAAUUCAACGUGCUUUCAAUAAAAUAAUUAAAACGUA